AUGACGAUCCUGAUCGCCGAGUACAACCACCUCCAAGAGCAGAUCCGCAACCAUGCCAGCCUCGCCGCCUCCGCCCCAUACGGCCACUUCAACGUGCUAACAUGUCUCUCGCCCGAUCCGCCCCAGCAAUGGCAAGCCCACGUCAUGAAACUCCAUUCCGACAACCAUUUCAGCAUAGUAGCCAGCGUCAACAACGGGUCCAGCGAACUCAUGGCCAUGCGGCAUCUCUUAGCCGACAUACAGCGUCACAACGCGCGUGUGCUGGGAGAAGUGUCGGUGGGGACAGUAUUCCAGACGGAGCAGAGGGAUGGAAGUACCUGGCUUCACAGUAGGGGGCAAGCUAGUGAGCGUGAGCCAGAGCCAGUGAACGAACCAGCUGCGAAUGAGGCUGCACCCACUCCUCAUCGCCGUGGAGUGCGUCAAAGCAUACGUAGGAUGUUCAGGCGGCAUCGCGCAGACGGAAACGCUUCUGACACCGCCCGCGAACCGACAAGUUGUAACACCCCGGUGAACCGCACCGCUUCGCGCAACACGACCACUUCUGACACUACAACUGAUCAGAGCGGCGUAAGCGGUUCCGAUCAUUCCAUCUCCGACUCGUCAUAUAUAACAGAACCAGGGGCGAAUGUGUAUUCGUAUGGGAAAUGGCGAUUGGAAAGGCAGCUGCGUAUGCUGGAGGAGCAGAGGAGGCAGCCGGCGGAUAUGCAGUUUGGGGCGCUAGACGAGGAGGGGAGGGGCUUCUGA